AUGACAAUUUAUAAAGGAGAAGCAGUAACAUUUGAAGAAUAUGGAAAAGAUUUACAAAAAAUUUUACAUACAACAAAAUUUGAAAUUGAUUCAACAAAAUUAACAAAAAAUCAAAUAUUAUUAAAAACUAUUGCAUCACCAAUAAAUCCUGCUGAUAUUGGACAAAUUGGAGGUGGAUAUAAUGAUGCGGAACCAAGAACUGAUUUAGGUAAUGUUUCACCAAAUAAACCAACAAAUGUUGGUGGAAAUGAAGGAGUAUUCAAGAUCAUUGAAGUAGGAUCUGAAGUUUCUGAUUUUAAAGUUGGUGAUUUAGUUAUUCCAUUGUUACCAAAAUUUGGAACUUGGAGAAAUUAUGCAAUAGCAAAAUCCAAGGAUUUAAUUAAUGUAUCAAAAUUACAAAUUGAUCAAGCUGCUACUAUAUCAAUUAAUCCUUCUACAGCUUAUCAAAUUAUUCAUCAAUUUAUUAAAGAUUGGGAAAGUGGAGAAUUUAUAAUUCAAAAUGGUGGUACUUCACAAGUUAGUAAAUAUGUUACUCAAAUUGCGAAAAUUUAUAAUUUAAAAGUAAUUUCUAUAGUAAGAGAUGGAAAAUCUGAGAAAGAUUUAGAAUAUUUAAAAGAAUUAGGAGCUACUGAAGUCAUUCCAGAAUCAGAAUUUAAUAAUGAAAAAUUUGAUAUCACUAAGUAUACAAAUGGAGCAAAAGUAAGAUUAGCUUUAAAUGGAGUUGGAACAUCAAUCCCAAAUUUAGUUAAAUCAUUAUCACCUAAUGGAUAUUUAGCUACUUAUGGAGUUGUAGGUGGAGCAACAAUAGAAUAUGAUUCAAGAUUACAAUUAUUUAAAAAUUUAUCAACUGUUGCAUUUUGGUUAACUUCAAAUACUUAUAAAAACCCCAAUUUUAAAAUUGAAACUGUUAAUAAAUUAAUUGAAUUAUAUAAUGAUAAAAAAAUAAGGGAUGUUAGUUAUAAUAAAAUUUAUUUUAAAUCUGGUGAAGAUUUAACUCAAGUUUUAUUAAAAGGUGUUGUAGAUACUAAAACUCAUGGAAAACAAGUUAUAUUUUAUGAAGAUUAA